GAAAAGUUGUGCAGUUUUUCAGUUGCAGGAGUCCCGGUGUUGUUGCGAUUUGCUGUGGUGGAAGCAGAUGAUACACAGAUCUCUUUUUUCGUCCCACAAGCAAACCAAUUCUGAAUAAGAUAAGAGGAUCUCGGGGUGGUGAUGCAGUUGUAGUGUGCCGUUCCUUAUACGAUCAAUCUUCAAAAGCCUAUUUCUUAUCGUGGUAAAUCGCAUUUUUGUUGAAUGCACACGACUGUCGUAAAUUCUAGACAAAAUGGCAGCCAGUUCCAGUUCCGCUGACCACGACGAGCACUACCCGGAGAUCGUUGUUCUCGGAAACUGCAACAAGGAUCUCAUCGUCCAUGCGAACAAAUUCCCCAAGCCCGGGGAGACAAUCCUCGGUCACAAGUAUGAAGAGUGCUUUGGCGGAAAAGGCGCGAAUCAAGCGGUUGCGGCCGGGAAGCUCUUGCUGUCGAUAGGACCGGAACAGAAAGCAAAGCAGAGUUCCUCGUCGCCCACCUCCCCCCGAGCAAAGAAACAGAAAACGGAGCAAGUACAGGCGAACGAAAAUCGCGAGGCGACGACAAAAAAACUACAAGUUGCAUUGAUUUCGAAGCUUGGCAACGACGAGAUAGGGAGAGCGACGAGGGAAAAUCUGCGGAAAAACGGCGUGUCUGACAAAUGGGUUUUCACAUCGAAUGACAAGCCGUCGGGUAUAGCGUCGAUCACGAUCGCAGAAAACACAAAUUCCAUCAUCGUCGCCGGCGGAGCAAACGACGAUUUGACUAUUGCCGACAUCGAGUCAGAAUCCUGCAAGAAAUUGCUAUCUCGCUGCAAGGUCCUGGUUUGCCAGUGCGAGUCGCCGCUGGAUGUCACCAUUCGUGCGAUGGAAAUUGGUACUGCAUGUAAGUUGUGAUUGUUGUAGAAGACAUUAUUUGAUUUCUAUACGAUCCUCAUCUUAUGGUCAUCUUUCUGCCGAGCUCUUGAUGUAUGGAAACAACACUGCAAAAUUCCAGUUCGAGCUGCGAUCAAGGGACGCACGAUCCUAAAUGUUGCCCCCGUCCCGGACGGCGCUCGCAGUGGUGCGAUACACACGAAAAUCAUGAAGGCGAUCAAGCUGGCGCACUGCAUCUGCGUAAACGAGGUAGAACUCGAAGAGCUGUUCGAAGCAGUAGUGCCGCAGAAGGUAAAGAAAGCCAUAGGGGAAACAUGGAAGGCCCGGCCGGUAGCUUGCAGUGUGGGUUUGCUUACUGCAUUGAAGCCGAAAUUCGAAAAUUCCGAGUGGCCAUGCGUAGUUGCUACGCUGGGCGAAAAGGGUGCUCUCAUGGUACGGCAAAAACGUAACAAUAAUGAAGGCAAAGAAGAUGACCUCGGUGAGGUGCGUGCGGUACCCGGCAAGAUUAAAAACCUUGUUAGCACCGUCGGGGCAGGAGACUGUUUCUUGGGCGUUCUCGCUCUCCUUUUCUGCCGGUGCGAUAUGCCAGAAGAUGACGCCGAGAUACUCCGCAUAGCCUGUGCAGCAGCAAGUCUCUCAGUCUCGAAAGCCGGGGUGCAGCAGAGUUUCCCAACACUUGAGGAGAUCCGGAAUGCAGAGUUCGGUGCAGUUGUCAUGGACAACAGCAAGAGACAGAGUCCAGAGCAGUAUACCAAUGAAAGAAGAGUCCACGAAAUAUUAUCUCAGGUCUGACGCAAAGGACUCUUUCAAAUAUACAAGAACUUCAGCUCAAGAAUGAAAUUCCUAAGAGACCCAAGCAGGAACGCACGUUCAAGUACUUACGCUUUCGCUCGCGCUAUUAUAUUC